AUGGGGAAAGCAGCCAGAGAGCAGCUGAGUCGAACCCUUAAUGAGCACCUGAACACUACCCAUGAGACCUUUCAGUUGUUGGAUCAAACACCAGCUUCAUCUCUUGAUAAAGUCAGCUGGAAUGAGAUUGGGCAGCUUAUAGAAUCCUUAUCCAAGGCAUCAAUUACAAGGAUGGCUACAAUUGGCCACAAUGGCCAUAUUUUACAGGGUGCAUUUUGGGUCUUUAGAGCUGGCACAGUUGGAAUGCUUUGGACUGGAGAAACACCAGAAGUUAAAGCACUCGAAGAGAACAUGGCAACAUACUUCAAUACACUACAGGGUUUCCUAUUACUUGCACAUGGAAGUUCAGUAGGUGCAGGACCUACCCUUUUGUCUAGCAUCCAUGCAUCCGUGAAACAAGUUGUCGAUUGCAGUUUUAUGUUAUUGAAAGAGUCUGUCUCUGCCUAUG